AUGGCGGAACCGAGUGACAGAAGUCAAUUACCACCCGGCUGGGAAUGUAGAUAUGACAUUCGCAGCGGUCGUCCAUAUUUCAUAAAUCAUUUUAAUCGAACUACAACAUGGGAAGAUCCAAGAGUGAGAUAUUGGCAGUAUUCUCAGUAUAUACAGUCUCAGAACUCAAUGCCAUUGAGUUCAACUACUACUACUACUACUUCUCAAGAGAUUCCUAUGCAGACCGGAGGAAGCGGAAGUGGUGGGCACUUAAAUUAUACAGGUGCUCACAGAGUUCCACAAAUUUAUCCAACACCGUCCCCUUAUCAUAAUCCACAACUAGCAUUCUUACCUCCCAGCGCGCAGGAGCUGAAAACACCAAUGUCGUUGAAAUCCACCAGUGCGAUGACAACUCGAUUUGGUGACUUGACUCUAGGCUCUCCGACUCCGGUCAGAAACACAGAGACGAGUUUCACUCAAAAUUCCGACUCCGAGUCACAAGUGGCGAAGAUCAACGCUGUAUUCCCGACAGUUUCCGACACGCAUAUUCGUCUUUUACUGAAAAAAUACCAUAACAGAGCAGCUUUGGUCAUGAGUGCUCUCCAGGUGGAAAAGAAUCCUCUUUGCGCUCCAGGACCGUGCACACCCGUGGGAGUGCAUUCAAAUUAUGCAAUCCCGAGAUGGCGUCUACCGGCUCAUGCUAUACAUGCGGCUUUAACAUUGAGUCCGCCUCGCGGAGUUCGGCCAGCUCCUAACUCCCCAAAAAUGAAACUUAGGUACCUGAAAAAUGUAUUUCCAAAAGUGGACGAAACGAUAUUACUGGAUGUCCUAGAACAGAGCGAUAAUAAUGUGCAGAAGGCAUCUGAAAGGUUAAUUGAUUUAGGAUAUGAAAAGCGAAAUCCUACUGUUCCUGUCAGAGCUGUACCAAAGAAGAAAGAAAAUGAAGAGGUACAUGAUGAACCAACUGCACCUACGCCGCCUCCGCGCAUAAAAAGCUUAGAAGAGAAGAAUAAGUUGAAAACACGUUUAACGGAAAAAUAUAAAAAUAUACCGGAUCGAAUUCUGCUGCUUGCUAUGGAUAGUGUAGAUUAUGAUGAAGAAAGAGCAAUAACUAUAUUAGAUAUAGUAAUGGCAGAAGAAGCCACUCGUCCAUUAUGUACUUCUAGCAGCCAAAGUAGUAGAAGCGAUGAACGGAAAGAUAGUCCACCAAUGAUGGAAGCUAUAAAAUUAACUGCUUCUCCAAUUAAAAAGAUAAGUAAAGAUAUGGAAACUGAGAAAUUGAAACGGUCCAAAACGAAGACUGAGAUACCCAAAGUUUCACGUGGAACCAGUACCACGGAGGACAAAGAAUAUAAAUCCCCAUAUUUAACAAAGCCAGUGGGAUCAAACUCGGAUUUAGCAAAGGGGCCGAAUAAUGACUUGCUGUUACCGGAUUAUGCGCCAUGGUCAGGGCCGGAUCCAAAUAUGGUAAAGCAAUCAUUUUCAAGAUCACUUGCGGUGGGACACGAUGCAGGUUUAGUUUCUACCCAUAAUUGUCUUGCUAAAGGUGCCCAGUCCGAAUUGCGAAAAGGACCGUUAAGGGGACUGGCCCAAGGCUCUAUUUACUCGCAAAGAAAUGUAACCAAUACGGAGAGUCGUGGUAAAUGAAACAUGUGCAAUUGUUUCUUUCUUGAUAUUUUUACGUUUAUUAAAUAAUUAGAUUAGAACCCUAAUUUUUAGCGACAAUUGUACAACUAACCAUUUUUGAGAUUCUAAGAUUUAAUUUUUAAGUUUCUAUAUUUUUUUAUUAAUUUGCAUAUUGUAAAGCAUUCGAUUUGUUCUUGUGCAAUAUAGUAAAGAUUUAUGUUUUGUUGAUAGUUUACACAUAUAUUUAUCGUUUAGUAAAAAUAAACGACAAAUAUAUCAAUUAUUAUUUAGAUUAUAUUACUUGUUUAUUAAGUUAUAAUAAAUGAGUUUUUAUUUCUCUUGAAAACUUAAUUUAUAUUUAUUGCAUGAGCCGUUUAUAUAUAAGAAGUGUAACAUAGACAAAACACUUUAUACAUAACCUAUUUUAACGAAAAAUGCAAAUGCGUAAUGUGCAAUGCAUUUUGAUUUUGCUAAAAAUUUUGAAACCCAGUUUAUGCCACCAUUAAAGUAAACAAUUUAUAUACAAAUGCAAUCAGCCCGUGCUGUAAAUGUAUGCCAGAUGAAAGUAAAUAAGACUUAUAAAGUUAAAAAAUGAGACAAUUUGUACAGUAAAUGUAUGCAGGUAAAAGCGGACGUAUGUUAAUUAUAGCUUGUAAACCAGCGACGACAAUGAAUUAGCUAAAUGGCUGUGCGCAUCGAAUCACUUCAACUAUUUUUUUUUCUUCACUUGCUAAGAUAUGGAAUUGCUUGACAUUUUUCGCGCAAUUUGAAUAUAACAAUUUGAAUAUAGCAAUUACAUAUUUAUGCUCGUUUCCUGAUUUAAAUACUGAUUAUACGGUCCUAAGUCUUCAAUACAUAAGGUACAUUUCUUCAUUAAAAAAAAUCAUGUAUAAUAUAGAAACAAAUAACUGCAUGAAAAGAGAAUGUUUUCUUAGAGAAAGGAUUAACAACGAUUAAAGUGGAUUUUUGUGCGUAAUUUUUUUUUUAGAACUUACUUGAGUUAAGUAAGUUAAUAUUUUUUAUAUUAAAUUAAAGUUAAUGUUUAUAAAAUUAAUUUAGUUAUGUUAAAUGUUGCAUGAAUGAAAAGUUGACUCAAAUUUGCAUUAAGAUAUAUUAAAUUAAAAGUUAAUUUUGAAAAACAUUUAUAUUAAAGAUUGCAAUUCUUUAAAAUUAGAUUAUUUUAAUAAAAUUUUACUACGGAUUAUCAAAUAAAUUUAAUAUUUUGUUUGCAAAUGAAGUUUAUAUAAAGUAACAAAGAAAUAAAGACGAACUCUUAUUACAUUUAUUAUCCAAUUUCAACUCACUUUGAAGUCAUCCUCAACGUGACAAUAUUACCAAAUGCAUAUAGACGUUCACAAUAACCCACUUUGAUUCUCAUUAACCUUGCUUGAAUAUUGUAUUUUUGAAUUUCGAAAAACCCGUUGGUGUACAUCGUUUAUUAAAAAUUAACUAAGUUAAAAAUUAUAAACUUUUCAACUUAAUUAUUUAACUUUCAUUUUUUUUAACUAGUUGCUACCUUGCUAAUCGAUUAAAGCUGUUAUUUUAUUAUAAGAUGCACAACUUACAUAACAUAAAUCUAAAAAUUUUAACAAAAUAAAUAUAAAUAAUGUACAAAUUUGAUCAUAUAUUACAUUCCUUAAAAACGAAAUUUUGAAAUUUAAAAUCCUGGUUUGAUAGUACAAAUUUUUUAUCAGAAUAAAGUAAAUUUACGUCUUUAUAUUUCAUAUAUGUAAUGGCUUGUGAUCUAUGACAGUAGAUCUGUGAGUUUUUUCUGAAUUCUCAAUUGCGUAUUAAAUAAUAAUUUAAUUCUCAAUAGGAACAAUAAUUACUUUUAAAUUUGAUGACGUAUACAUAAAAAAAAACACAUUAUUGCAAUAAAUAACAUUGUUGUAAAGCUUUACACAGUAGUAUAAUUUUGACAGCAAAAGUUUAAAAUAUUUUAAUGUUGAAAAUAUUUUCGAACUAAUUAAUCGAACUAAUUAAUCCACACGGAAUAUGAGGAGAUCCAGGUUCAAACCGUGACUGAGGUAUUAUUUUUUGCAACAGAUUUUUUAUUUUCUCUGAAGUGGGGGUUUUUAAAGAUGCUAGUUAAUAUCGGUAACAUUAAACAGAUUUUCAAUUUAAUUCUGUGAUAUUGUAUUUUUCUAAUUCAUUUCAAGAGCUGUGUUUGAAACCGAAAGUGACGGCAUGCAGUUCGAAAGAAUUGGAAAUUGAUAUGGAAAUAAAAUAUUAUAUCAGCACCAAGACUUUACUAUGAUCAUGUGGUUUUUAACUUAAAUUGUUGUAAAAUAUUUUAGAUAACACCUAUUGUUAAACCUAAUUUAAAUUGAUUAUUAAAAACCCGAAUAUAUUUCUAAUUUAUUAUUUAUAAAAUGCAUUAAAAAUGUCAAGUAAUUGAACAUCUUGUUAUGUGAAGAAGAAAAGCUAGAGACUUUUCUAUCAAAUAGUCUUUUCGUCCAAUAACCGGCUC